CCUGCGUUCGCUCUCCACUGACAAAACCCCCUGCUUUCACACCAACUCCUGCUUUCCGAUCCUCCCCCACCCCCGCAGCCGCCGCCAUCGCUCUUUGCACUGCCCAGCCAUGGCGGAGCACGACCUGACGGCGCGCCUGGCGCCGCACCUCGACCGCCACCUGGUGUUCCCGCUGCUGGAGUUCCUGCAGGAGCGGGGGCUCUACCCGGAGGAGGAGGUCCUGGCCGCCAAGCUCCGCCUCCUCGGCGGCACCAACAUGGUCGACUACGCCAUGGCCAUCCACAGGUCGCUCCACGGCACCGGCGAGGCCCCCGGCGACAUGGCGGCGCGCCGCGCCGAGGUCGUCGACAGGCUUGUGGCGCUCCAGACGGGCCCCGUGCUGCCGCUCUACGCGUUCCUGCGGGACCCGCAGCUCGUGCAGCUGCUCAGGCCGGACAAGCAGUACAACGUCAACAUGCUCCAGGAGCGCUUCCAGAUUGGUCCUGAUCAGAUUGAAGCCUUGUAUGAUGACGCUAAAUUUCAGUUUGAGUGUGGGUCCUAUUCUGAUGCUGCGGCCUACCUCUACCACUAUCGUGUUUUGUCCACAAACAGUGAGAGGAGUGUCAGAGCUUUAUGGGGGAUGUUGGCAUCAGGGAUUCUGAAUCGAAACUGGGAUGCUGCGCUCGAAGAGCUUAAUCGCUUAAAAGAGAUUAUCGAUUCAAAGAACUUCUCAUCACCUCUGAAUCAGCUCCAGAAUAGGAUAUGGCUGAUGCACUGGAGUCUCUUUAUCUUCUUUAACCAUGAAAAUGGUCGAAAUGGGAUCAUUGAUCUGUUCUUCCAAGACAGAUACUUGAAUGCUAUUCAGACAAAUGCACACCAUCUUCUGAGAUACCUAGCUAUUGCAGUUGUUGUGAACAAAAGGAGAAGGAAUAUGCUUAAAGAUCUGAUUAAAGUCAUUCAGCAGGAACAGCGUAGCUACAAAGACCCCGUAACUGAAUUCCUGGAAUGCUUGUAUGUGAACUAUGAUUUUGAUGGUGCGCAACAGAAAUUAAUGGAGUGUGAGCAGGUUAUAUUGAACGAUCCUUUUCUGGGAAAGCGCAUUGAAAUAGGAAAUUCCGUCACUGUUCCUUUGAGAGACGAAUUCUUUGAAAAUGCCCGUCUGUUUAUUUUUGAGACCUACUGCCGCAUACAUCGGUGCAUCGAUAUUAGCAUUCUUGCAGAAAAGCUGAACAUGAGGUACAGCGAGGCGGAAUUGUGGAUUAUGAACUUGGUUAAAGGUUUGAAACUGGAUGCCAAGAUUGAUUCAGUGUCAAGAACUCUUAUCAUGAGGGUCAACCGUGGUGAUGUGCAUGAGGAGAUUAUCGAGAGCUUAAAGAAUCUUAACACGCGGACCUACAUGCUAGCGCAAAGCAUUGUUGAGCCGGCUCAGGCAUCACAGACAGCUCAUGGAGAUUAGGCUGGUUGUGGCUGGUGCUGAUUUAUUGUGAGCCGCUAGCUGGUUGGUGGCUACUACUGAUUUAGUGUGAGAGAAAAGCACUGCUGGCUAGUUGGCUGAUAACUCAGCCGAUCAUAGUUUUGAGGCGGCAAGAAUGACAAGUACUUUGUGUUUGCCGUCUUUGUUUACUUAGAUGUUGUAGGGUUCAUAGGAAGGGGUAAAAGAAUUAUAGGAAAGGGAAAUAUAGGAAUGCAAAUGAUUGGAAAAAAUAUAGGAAAUUUGUAAGAACGUGUGUACGUACUUGUUUUAAAAAAGAAAGAGAUGAUGAGGGCUUGGAACAUAACGAUCGUGUAUAAAUCUCAUCUACUUGGAGUUUCUUCGAGCA